AAAUAUUUCAGUUGUGUAGAAAUCAUCAUUGAGAACUAGCUGCAAGUAUGCAGCCAAUAAAUAUUUGCAUAAUAUUUUUAUUUACUUACAUAUCAAUUGCCACGUGCGAAGAUGCUUUUGCGAAAAUUGGAAAUUUAUCAAUUAAAUAUGGUAAUCAAACAGAAAUACAUUUUGCAAUUAAAGAUUCAAAUGGAAUGACGCUGCAAGCGCAGCUCGAAGCGCUGAAACUAGAGCAGAGAAGCCUAUUUGCCGAACUUACAUCGAAACUUGAUAAAUUUAUAGCAGACAACUGGCUGCCUUCCCAGUUUCCAAAUGACUGUGCCAAAGCAACGGCAGUGAGUCGUUCUAGUGGAGUUUAUCAGAUUGUUAUUCCGGACUACAGUAUCCAUCCGUUCCUAGUCAGAUGUGAUGAGCAUACACAAAAUGGCGGUUGGACCGUCAUCCUGAACCGUGAGGAUGGAAGCGUUAAUUUCUUUCGCUAUUGGAAAGACUAUAAGAACGGCUUUGGCAAUGUCAAUGGUGAGUUCUUUAUAGGCCUGGAAAAGCUGCAUCUUCUGACCAAGGAGAUGGACCAGGAACUGCUUAUCGUCAUGGAAGACUUUCAACGCAAACAGAAAUAUGCAAAGUACAAUCUAUUCGUCGUCGGCAAUGAGGAUAACUUAUAUGCCUUGCAAGAGCUGGGCGAAUACUCUGGAGAUGCUGGGGACUCCUUGACUGGACAUCUUGGCCAGUACUUUUCAGCACGCGAUCGGGAUAACGAUAAGUAUGAGAAAAACUGUGCAGAAAUUUACACUGGCGGAUGGUGGUACAGCAAAUGUCACUCAAGCAAUCUAAUGGGAAAAUAUAAUGAUACCACUCAUGGAAAGGGUAUCAAUUGGUUGUUAUUUUCGGGUCAUACUGCAUCGCUUAAAAGCGUGCAAAUGAUGAUAAGACCCGUGACAUGAACUGAAAUGGGGAAUGAUCUCUUAUUUGAUGAUUCAUUAUUAAACAAAAUUUUGUAUAUAUAUUGUUUUUAAUAAGAGAGAUAGACGAUUUUUUCAUUGGCUUUUUAAAAAAUAUAUUAAGUGUCUCUUUGAA